AAUACCACAGUGUGUGUCAGUUUAGAAAUAUGCAUUACUCUAUUUACCCUACUCUCCCUACUCUACCCCGUAUCCGUCUUGGUGUAUACAGACAGAAAGCAUACACUCGAGAAUGUGUGUCACCACCUGAUAAGAUCGUUAUCGGAAAGCACCCAGCAGCAAGUUGGCCCUAUGGGGUAGUCGUGACGAUCCCGUGAACUAGCUGCACUACUGCCCAGUAGACACUUCACGAUGGCUAACAUAGCAGUGAUCGGAGCUGGAGUUGUCGGACUGUCCACCGCCAUUAACAUCAUAGAGAGCGUCCCAGACGCUAGGGUCACUAUCUAUGCUGACCGAUGGUCACCGGACACCCUCAGUGACGGAGCGGCUGGGUGCUUUGGACCCAAACUUGGGGGUCCUAUGUACCCCAUGGGUAUAGAGUUGGAGCGGUUUAAAACCUGGGCAAGAGACUCGUUCCAGCACUACGACGCCAUUGCCCACUCGGCGGAGUCUGCAGAGGCCGGUGUGUUUCCAGUCUCUGGCUACAGGUUAUACUGCAGGCCUGGAAACGUUGCACCGUACCGUGCUCUGGAACUCAUGUCCAACUACAAAGAACUCUCUAAAGAAGAGAUGAAGAAGUUUCCACCCAAGUAUAAAGUCGGUUUCUUUUUCACAACGUUAAUAGCAGAGUGUCACCGUUAUCUACCUUGGCUUUUGAAGCGGUUUAAGAGCAAGGGUGGUCACGUGGUGCAACAGAAGAUGACAACAUUAAAGCAGUUCUGUGGUCAGUACGACCUGGUGGUCAACUGCACUGGUAUUGGGGCCAGAGAACUGCUGGGGGACACUGUCCUGAGGCCAAUGAGGGGACAGGUCAUGCGCGUAAAGGCCCCUUGGAUUAAGCAUUACUACUUUACUGACAGUGACUGCUAUAUAUACCCAUGCGCAGACGACGUUGUCGUAGGGGGCGUGAAACAGUAUGAUGAGUACAGCACCGUCGUAAAUGAGAGAGACAAAGCUACAAUUCUGAAAAACUGUCUAGAGAUGGUACCGUCAUUAAAGGACGCAGAGUUCAAAUUUGACUGGGUUGGUCUGAGACCCUCGCGGAAUCCAGUACGGGUAGAAUUCGAAGCAAUCAAAUAUGGAGAUGAUACCUUGAAGGUCGUCCAUAACUACGGGCACGGCGCAAGCGGAAUUGGUCUUAGUUGGGGCACUGCUGUGGAGGCGACACACCUGGUGAUGAAGGCAUUAGGGAAAUUUUCUACAAGCAAGCUGUAAAUUUUCAUUCCGUGCGUUGGAAAACCAAUACAGACACUGCCGUCCAAUCGCUAUUUUCUGCAUUAUACUAGUAGACCUGUUCCAUCGUGAAAGUCCUCAAAGUUUUGCCUACAGGUUGUACAAGCACAGCACUUAUCGCAGUAUAAUAAAUACGGUAUCUGCGUAACACUGCAUUUAAGAAACUACAAUAGGACACUGAAAUCUAACGUUAAAGCCCUAUAAAAACAAAGUCCUACAAUCUGAAAUAUCAAAAAACACCGGACUAUUUUGCUGGUACAACAGCUUUUUUGACGCAAAGAUCCGAAAAGCCUGUUUUAUAUAUAAUAUAUUAACAUGGCAAUCCAUCUAGACAAAAUGUGCCCGUUCCAUUCAAUUGUGCGCAUUUCAACGGACUAAAAAUGUAUUAAAAGCAAUACGUUUAUAAAUGUGUUGUUUGAAUUAUUAGGGUAUCUAUCAGUCAUGCUUCGACUGUUAUUGUUUAUGAAAAGAAUGAGAGAUUAUACCAAUGUCCGGUCUUUUACACACACACACACACACUCACA